AAAAAAAUGCUGGGAAAAAGAAUAGCUUCGUUCAAGAAUCUUGCCAAGAAAGUGAAGAGCAUCAACAUUAGAGAAGGCGGCUCCGAGUCAACACAGAGCGAGACUCUUCUGAUCAGUGAGGCGGACGGUAUGGCCGCGACGGCGGCGAAGACGCCGACGGGGACGUUUGCGGUGUACGUAGGGGAAGAGCGCGUGAGGCGCGUGGUGCCAACAAGCUAUUUGAACCAUCCUCUGUUCAGGAUGCUUCUCGACAAGUCACACGACGAGUUCCACUGUUUCGACCAGAAGGUUAUGUUGGUCGUCCCUUGCAGCAUCUCCGUUUUCCAAGACGUCGUUAACGCCAUCGAGUCUUGUAACGGCAACUUCGAUUUCGGCGAUUUUGUCGAGGAGUUUCUUUGAUAUUUUCUUAGAGUGUUUUUAGGAAAUAUAUAUAAUAAUCAUCAUAGGAAAUGAUUGUGAAAAUUUGUGGUACAUUCAUUAU